GGGGGGUAUGGUGGGGGCCGCGGCUCCUCCCGGGAAUGGAACUCGGGGCAGCGCGGGCAGUGGGGUCAAGCGGCAGCUGGUGUACGUGUUCACCACGUGGCGCUCGGGCUCGUCCUUCUUCGGCGAGCUCUUCAACCAGAACCCCGAAGUGUUCUUCCUCUACGAGCCAGUGUGGCAUGUGUGGCAAAAACUGUACCCGGGGGACGCGGUGUCCCUGCAGGGGGCAGCGCGGGACAUGCUGAGCGCUCUGUACCGCUGCGACCUCUCGGUCUUCCAGCUGUAUAGCCCCGCGGGCAGCGGGGGGCGCAACCUCACCACGUUGGGUAUUUUCGGAGCGGCCACCAACAAGGUGGUGUGCUCGUCGCCGCUGUGCCCCGCCUACCGCAAGGAGGUCGUGGGACUAGUGGAUGACCGCGUGUGCAAGAAGUGCCCGCCCCAGCGCCUGGCGCGCUUCGAGGAAGAGUGCCGCAAAUACCGCACGCUGGUCAUCAAGGGUGUGCGCGUUUUCGACGUGGCGGUGUUGGCACCGCUGCUUCGAGACCCAGCCCUGGACCUCAAGGUCAUCCACCUGGUGCGGGAUCCCCGGGCGGUGGCCAGCUCGCGCAUCCGCUCACGCCAUGGCCUCAUCCGCGAAAGCCUGCAGGUGGUGCGCAGCCGGGACCCACGGGCCCACCGCAUGCCCUUCCUGGAGGCCGCUGGCCACAAGCUGGGUGCCAAGAAAGAGGGCGUGGGCGGCCCGGCGGACUACCACGCGCUCGGCGCCAUGGAGGUCAUCUGCAACAGCAUGGCCAAGACGCUGCAGACGGCCCUGCAGCCCCCCGACUGGCUGCAGGGCCACUACCUGGUUGUGCGGUACGAGGACCUGGUGGGAGACCCCGUCAAGACACUACGGAGGGUGUACGACUUUGUGGGGCUGCACGUGAGCCCCGAGAUGGAGCAGUUUGCCUUGAACAUGACCAGCGGCUCGGGCUCCUCCUCCAAACCUUUCGUGGUGUCUGCUCGCAAUGCCACGCAGGCCGCCAAUGCCUGGCGGACCGCCCUCACCUUCCAGCAGAUCAAACAGGUGGAGGAGUUUUGUUACCAGCCCAUGGCAGUACUGGGCUAUGAGCGGGUCAACAGCCCCGAGGAGGUCAAAGACCUCAGCAAGACGCUGCUUCGCAAGCCCCGGCUCUGAGAGGGGUUCCCUGGCAGACCUGACGCCCCGUGGAGACACCCACCAGGAGGAUUCUGGUGUGUUUAAACAAACACAGCCCAGAUCCAAGCUGAGGAAGCCCACGUAUUCUAUUAUAGAUACAUCAUAUAAAUAACCACACAGGCACUUGCUGUCAAUGUUUUAAGUCAGUGAAUUUCAAGGAACAGCCACAACACACACAUCUCAGAAAAGGCAAGACUUGAAAGUUCUGACCAGUUGCCCCUCCUCCCCUCUUCCUUGACCCUUCUGCCAUGCCCUUUCUCCCUUCUCUUAUCCCCUUCCCCAUCUGCCCUCCAUUCCAAGUGGGAUGUCGAAGAAGUCAAGUUCCAGUCGCCCAAAUCUUGUUUACAAAUUUUCGUGGUAUCUGUGAACCUGUCAGAG